AGCCUCUGGGCGGGGAAUUGGGGGCGGGGUUUGGGGCGGGGUCUAGAGUGGAACUCAACGCGAAAGGAAAGACUGCUGUUUCUCACCGCUCACUGUCGUUGUUGCCACGGAUUCUGACCUACGAAAGUCAUGUUACCCAACACCGGGAAGCUAGCAGGAUGUACAGUUUUUAUCACAGGUGCAAGCCGUGGCAUUGGCAAAGCUAUUGCAUUGAAAGCAGCAAAGGAUGGAGCAAAUAUUGUCAUUGCUGCAAAGACCACUCAGGCACACCCCAGACUUCCAGGCACAAUCUAUACUGCUGCUGAAGAGAGUGAUUGAAGCAGCUGGAGGAAAGGCCUUGCCAUGUAUUGUCGAUGUGAGAGAUGAACAGCAAAUCAGUAAUGCAGUGGAGAAAGCAGUUGAGAAAUUUGGAGGAAUUGAUAUUUUGGUGAAUAAUGCCAGUGCUAUUAGCUUGACCAACACAUUGGAAACACCUACGAAGAGGGUGGAUUUGAUGAUGAAUGUCAACACCAGAGGCACCUACCUUACAUCUAAAGCAUGCAUUCCUUAUUUGAAAAAGAGUAAAGUUGCUCAUAUCCUCAAUCUCAGUCCACCACUGAACCUAAAUCCACUGUGGUUCAAACAGCACUGUGCUUAUACCAUUGCUAAGUAUGGUAUGUCUAUGUGUGUGCUUGGAAUGGCAGAAGAAUUUAAAGGUGAAAUUGCCGUCAAUGCAUUAUGGCCUAAAACAGCUAUACACACUGCUGCUGUUGAAAUGAUGGGAGGAUCUGAUAUCGAAAACCAUUGUAGAAAAGUUGAUAUCAUAGCAGAUGCUGCGUAUUCCAUUUUCAAAAAGCCAAAAAGUUUUACUGGCAACUUUAUUGUUGAUGAAAAUAUCUUAAAAGAAGAAGGAAUAAAAAAUUUUGAUGUCUAUGCAAUUAAACCAGGCCAUUCUUUGGUACCAGAUAUAUUCUUAGAUGAAUACCCAGAUCCAGUUACCAAGAAAACGGAAUCACAUGGUGCUGUUCCAGAAUUGAAAGGAGAAAAGCCGCAGACACCAGCAGAACAACGUUCUGGAGCCGUGGAAGAAACAUUUAGAAUUGUUAAGGACUCUCUCACUGAUGACAUUGUUAAAGCCACCCAAGCAGUCUUUCAGUUUGAACUCUCUGGCGAAGAUGGUGGAACUUGGUUUCUUGAUCUUAAAAGCAAGAGUGGGAAUGUCGGAUAUGGAGAGCCAUCUGAUCACGCAGAUGUGGUGAUGAGUAUGUCUACUGACGAUUUUGUAAAAAUGUUUUCAGGGAAACUAAAACCAACAAUGGCAUUCAUGUCAGGAAAAUUGAAGAUUAAGGGAAACAUGGCCCUAGCAAUCAAAUUGGAGAAGCUAAUGAACCAGUUGCAGGCCAAGCUGUGAAAGAAAAGAAAAAAAUUUGUCGACCUCUAAGCUCAAAAAGUAAAAGAGUUCAACAGUUAAAAUCUAAUUUUGUUUUCUUCCCUAUUGUAUAAGGUUAUGCAUGUUUGCUCUGAAAAAUAGAAUUUCUGACUUGAAAUUAUAGUAAAAACAGCUAGCUAAUCAAACAUAAGCUUCAUUAAGUGGAAUUCUGAGACAUUCUGUUUUGUAUGUUUUGUGAGUUUUGUCCUCUGUGCAUUAUAAACCAUUCAUCAUCUUCUUCUAGGAAAAGUAUCAUGAGCAACCAGUCAGGGUCAAACAGUAAAAUUAGCUCUUUUCAAAGCUUAUUCCCAUGUAAAAUGAGGCUAGUUGGUUCUGAAAUUUUUAGUUUGGGAUUACAUACUAAUGAUCUUAAUAAUAUUUUAGAUUUUUAUGAGCUUAUUUUAAAGAAGAUCUAUAAUACAUUUUCAUAGGAAUCACAUACUAAACUACUUAAUACUAUUUUGAAGUCUAGUAAAACAAAGAUAGUUUUCAUUUUGUUAACUAACUUUCCAGGUGUAAGUUUUCUAUAGGAAAAUAUUAAUGUAAUUCAACUAAUUGCAGUAUGUAUCCUAUUUUAAAGUAUGUAAAAAUGUCCUAAAAUAAAAUAAUUUCUCCCCAGAAGUA